CUUCCUUACGUACGGAGUACGGAGACGGAGGCAAUUGCUAUCAAGCCAACUUCAUAAUCGCAGUUGCAAUUGUGUUCAUCUAAUAACUAACUGCUUUAUGUUUUUGCUUAUGCAAUAUAAUCAUGUUCCGUUUCAUUGACCGCUUUAAUAUGUGAAUGUUCUUGUUGAAUAGUUGCUUCAGUUGGAAUGCCAUUUAGAUCUUCUCAAAAUGGAAAGAAUAUUCAAAAUAAAAACGAAAACGGAUAGGGUACCAAUAAGUACCUACCCCUCUGAACGACGAUAUUCAGCAUCAAUGGUUAUUGGACUUAGCGUGGUAUUUCUUCAACUCUUCUUUUACUCAAUUCUAAUGGGAACUUUGAUAUUGCACAAGAUGACUGUACACCCGUACAUAAAUAAUAUCCCGGAUCAGAAUAAUACCGAAGAAGUUACUGUUAAUUCUACGGAAAUAGUAAAUUUGACUGAAUUAAAUCCAAAUAAUUCAAAUAAAAUGCAGGUCCAACUUUUAAAAUUAUAUAAAAAGGUCGAUAGGGAUCUUGAUAUCAUAUUGGAACAAAACAAACAUUUACAUGUUGUACUUAAUGAAAAUUCAGAAAUGUAUAUUAAUGUCGCAGUUCUUAUGUGUUCGGGUUGCUUUUUAAUGGCUUUUGGUUAUAUUCUAGCUUUUGGACUAGGUGUGUUAGCCUGGAAGCAGUGGUACAUUGAUCAUAAUAUCACACUUUUCUUUUUAGCGUCAGCUUUUUCAUCUCUUACUGCAGCAAUAGCUUUACUAAUUUCUGUGUUUACCUGUAUCAACUUAGAUUAUGAUUAUGACACCUACACUUACGAAGUUAAUAGAGUAACGCCAAUAACUUUUAGUUUAGCUAUGAACAUUACAAUAUUAUCAACGAUUGGACUAAUAUGGUCGUUCUUAGCGUCAAAAGUUGCUUACGUAGGAAUGAAAUCUGGUUAUCCAGAUGAUAUGAUUUUUAAUAAAGUUGGAAGACACGUAGAAGUUAGUACAGAACAAAAGGGUAACAAAAAAUGCGUCUUUCCACAAGAUAUUAUAGAUCGUUUCCCUUCUAAUGUCAAACUAGCUAAAUAUUUGCCGACAAAAGAAAAUGGCAAUUUACCAAAAUCUGAAAGUACAUUGGAAUUUCAGCAAAGGGUUAAUCGAUUUUUGUCAGAAGUACCAGAAAACUCUGUGAAAAACUGUUAAACUAUUAUAGGUUAACUCACAAUAUUUGUUUGGAGUAAUUAUUAGGAUUUAUUUCUUACUUAAGUUGUUUCUAUGGAAACGAGUGGUCGAAAGUAAGUGAGUCAAAAUACCUUCGUCCAGUGGCGGCUUAUCCUAAGGGUCCACAGGGCCAUGGCACUAGCGCAAAAUAUGUCGGUCAAUAUUUAUGUUUUAUUUUAGUUCAAUAAUUAUACAAUUGUUGGCUCUAAUGGCUAAACGAGGCAUAUUAUGUAAAUAAUGUAUCAUUAUGUUUUUGAUGCCGAUGAUAAAAUUCGAUUAUUCCACAGAAGAGAGAACAUGUUAUUUCAAGACACAACAAAUAAUUCAAUCGACUAAUUCAUCUCACUGGACUGACUAUAUUUCGUCCGAGCCACAUCGCACAACGGCCCGCUCGGCUAGCAUAGCAAUAUAUUGAAACGCUUACGUCAUACAUGCAGAGAGUACGUGUUUAAUACGUUUAAACGGGGCCAUCGAUCGAGUGGCUAGGAUUAGUUUUUUAAAUAUUUCAGUCGCAUGUUGGCUGAUGGCGGUUGGCAUUGUGCAUAACUGCAUUGGGGGACCGGCCCACUUAAGUUGAAUGUUUUAUUAGCUUUUUUUGUAACAAUAAAUACAAAUAUUGUUUACAAAUCGUCCGAGGCAAAUGAAAUAAGCAAUUUGUUAAUAUAACCUUUUUUUACGUUCUCGUUCCAGGACAAAAUUCAAAUGACAAAAUUUGGAAUUCCUCUUCCCGACAUAGAAAUUACAUAAACGCAGAAGGCUUCCACCGCUAGUUUGUCAAGUUUGAUCAGCCGUAUAAGAAAGUUUAAUAUGAAUAUAUAUUUAAAAAAUAACUGGAUUAAUGAUUAUGAUCAAAAAAAGCUACGGUUUGUUAGAACAGUGCGCGACGUUGGCCGUACUCGUACGCCAGAAUCUGUCGCGUUCGACUCACGUCUGAACUGGUCUGUUCAAAUAUAAAUCACUUUAACUUGUUCUGUUGAUACAUGCAGUUACCAUGAAUCAAAUAACAAGUUAGUAGCGAUUAUUGCAAUGGAAUAAAAAGAUGAAAACGAAUUGUGCAAUUUCUGCUUUUCACUUGAGAAAUGCAUAUCUAUUAAUACUUCAGCCUCUUUAGAAAAAAAAUUGACGUUUUAUCACUUUAAUUAUCACAAACUAUCCUAAUCUCAUUUCACUUGACAGUCUACUGCAUUCUUAGCUGAACGAAUGCGUCCAAGUCAAAUUCAAGAUGAUUUCGACGUAAACUGAUGUCUGCCUAACUGUGCUGAGGCUAACAAACUAUUCCCAUAGUAAUAACAAUGUUAGAUUUCAGGGAACCUGCCCAGCGCUCAGCAGAUUGAAUUUUGCGUCGCGCAUUGUUCUAAGAGCUGAAGUCUACCUACGCUUAACUUUUUGUUGACAUUUUAUUGAUAUGAUAGAUUGAGGGCAAAUAUUUAUUACACAAUGAAAUAAUUCUGAACAGUUGAAGGGUAGGAUCAAACAAAACGGUAUACUUACAGCACUUGCGAAGAAAGAAUCUUCGCCCGCUUGCGUAUUGUACACAUUCCGAUAAAGCUUCAUCUGUAAAACUGCGUAAAAGUGAGCUAAAUUGUAUUCUUAUAUUUUCUUCACUUGUACUGAUUACAUCUAUUGUUUAAACUAAAUUAGUUUGUACUUAAAUUACUUAUACUUACACAUUAAAUGAUGGUAUCGCUGAGCUAUUUUGUGAUAUAGGACAAGACUUUUAAUUUUAUGUAACAAAUACAUUUAUAAUUUUUUUU